AAUUACAACAUUGAUUAUUGCAAUGGCCCAACAUUCAGAAAAUAUUCGGAAAGUUGCUCUUAUUACCGGUUCAAGUUGCGGCAUUGGGGCGGCUACGGCUGUCCAGUUUGCCACUCUGGGUUAUCGUUUAUCUCUUUAUGCUCUGAAUGUUCCAGCGGAUGAAGCAGGUUUAGCUGAAACGAAAUCUCGUUGCCUUACAGCCAACCCUCAAUUAACAUCAGAUGACAUCAUGACAAUGACUGGAGAUUUAACUGUAGAAGAAAACUGCCAUUUUUUGAUAGCGAAAACCAUUGAAACCUUCAAGAGACUUGACGUCUUGGUAGCAAAUGCUGGAAUAGUCAGUGCUGGUCGACUUGAAAACAUGAAAAUGGAAGACUUUGAUAAAGUAAUGAACAUCAACUGUCGCGUUGUUGUUUUGAUGAACAAAUUAGUCAUCCCUUACCUGUCGGAGACUAAAGGAAACAUUAUCAACGUGUCCAGCGUCGCUGGACUACGAGCAUGCACAGACAUGAUGGCCUAUUGUAUAAGCAAGGCUGCAAUUGCCCAGCUAACUCGCUGCGCUGCUUCAGAACUGGCAUCUAAAGGGAUUCGAGUGAAUGCCGUUUGUCCAGGCAUUAUUGGCAAUACUCAAAUCUUUUCCAACGCUGGCUUAUCCAAGGAGCUUCAGGAUUUUACUUUUGAGCGUGUCAAAACAAGUCACCCAUUAGGUCGUGCUGGAACUCCGGAAGAAGUGGCAAAGUCCAUCGCUUUUCUAGCGUCCGAAGAACACGCUUCAUUUCUGACUGGAGUGACACUGUCCGUCGAUGGCGGACGUUCUGUUUCAUAAUGAUGCAAACAGGCAAUGAUUUAGCAAAGUUAUUAAUAGUGACUGACAGCUAUUGUAUGCGAUAGAAUUGUACUAUUCUUUGGAGCAAAAUGCGACAUUUCUCUUUGAAUAGUUCUGUGAAUAAACAAUCGAAAUGUGUGCGUCCACUGGCCUUUAUAUGAUUGCAUUUUGUGCUGCACUAGCUCGUUGAUUAACUGCUUCAUUGCAACGCAGCCAAACAUAUGUUCAGAACGAUCGUUCUAAACAUAAUACACUGCAAUUUCAACAA